AUGGUUACUAUCGGCAAUUCGGUAACUGUAGCAGAUUUGUUGCAAUUGAAGUGCAAUGCGCACAAAGAUUUAACCGUUGACUUUGUGAAGCCUUUAGAGUAUGAUAUUAUUAUGUUGCACAAAAUUUUAUUUGAAAUAAUACUCAUCAAAUUACCUCCAGAACAUUUCAACAACAUUGUAAAGGUAGUAGAAUCUGCCAAGGCCCACUCCUUAGCCCACAGCCCUGAAAGCUUAUCAUCUCUGCAUAAAGUAAUUGAGAAUAUAAACGUUGAAUCAUGGCCAUAUAUCAUCUCAACCCUUGCUAAAAUGUUUUCACUUGCUAAUUUUGCAGAAAUGGCCCAUCGUUGGCGGCGGCGCAUAGCUUAUGAGCACCGUAUUAACGACUCAGAUAAAUCAAUUUACUAUGCCCAAGAGUCGACAUUCCAGGCUACAAUUUGUCGUCUAGAAGAUUUAGGCAUAAGUAAGCAAGUUAUAUACGAUUAUUUUUGUAAUAUGACUAUCGAGUUUGUACUAACUGCUCAUCCAACUGAGGCCCACCGUUUAACUUCAUUGAAGAACUACAAACAUAUUGGCGAAAUAUUGCUAGAGCUAGAUUUUCAAGAAUCUCUAACAUCCAUAAAAAAACACAAGGAAAGUUACUUAAGAAAACACAUAAGCGUCAUUUGGGAUACAGACUCUAUAAGACGUGUAAAACCAUCUCCAUUAGAUGAAGCUAUGAGUAUUUGCGAGACAGUUGCUGAAAAUAUCUUUGAGGCUAUACCAGAUAUUUGCAACUACAUGGACGACUUUUUAAUUAAACAUGGAAUGGAGGCACUACCUCUUACUUCUAAGCCAUUCAAAUUUGGCUCUUGGGCGGGAGGAGAUAGGGAUGGCAAUCCUUACGUAACGCCUGAACUAACAAAAUCUGCCGCCUAUUAUUAUCGCCUCAAAGCUUGUAAAUUAUAUCUUUCCAAGAUGAACAAAUUGGCAACUGAAAUGAGUCCAAAAUCUCAUACGCAAGAGUUUAUAGAUUACAUCAAACCACACCUAGCUUUGUAUGAGAAAAUAAGAAAUGAUCCCAAAUUCUUGUCAAGCUUCAGCAUAUUCAUUUCUGAUAUAAAUGAAGAUGAAAUAUAUCGCUUAUUUGUAUCGUAUCUGAUGUCGCGAUUGAUGAUAACCCAUUACAUCAUAAAGAAGAAGUUCGACAAGUCUUAUUACAACGAUUUUUAUGAUAAAUAUGCCUUUAAUAAGACAGAUGAACUAAUUGAACCGCUCAUGAUGAUGUACAACUCAUUAGUAGCGACUAAAUCAGAGUACAUUGCAAAUGGGGAACUUAAAUCAAUAAUCCGUUGCCUCAAUGCUUUUGGACUGUCCCUUCUAAAAAUGGAUAUUAGACAAGAAUCUACCAUGCACAAUCAUGCUAUGGAUGAAAUAUGCAAUCACCUGUCACUGCCACAAUAUACGACACUUAAUGAAGAAUCAAAGAUUGAUUUUUUGAGCGAUAUUCUGUCAUCAAAACGGCCCUUAAUAUCACAACAAAUGAUUAAAAUGUUUGAAGAAGAUUCCAACAAUGUUCUAAAUACAUUCAAGGCGUGUGCUGAAUUGGGUAAUGAAUUCCUUGGCGCUUAUAUAAUAUCAAUGUGCACCAAAGCUUCAGAUGUUCUACUAGUCGAAGUUUUUCAACGAGAAUUUUGGGGGAACGAUGUCAUUCCACAACGAGUUGUACCAUUGCUUGAAACUAUUGAAGCCCUUGAAUCAUCAGCUGAAUUGUUACUUACUCUCCUUAAGAUACCUUGGUAUUAUGAUAAUAUUAAGAACAAACAUAACGGCAUACAAGAAAUAAUGAUCGGUUUCUCUGACAGUGGAAAGGAUGGUGGCAGAAUGGCCGCUUCUUGGGAAUUAUACAAGGCUCAAAAGAGACUAUUGAAUGUUGCUAAGGAAUUUGACAUCACAAUUAGAUUUUUUUACGGUCGUGGGGGUACAAUAUCUCGUGGUGGUGGACCAAUGCACUUAGCACUUCAAUCACAGCCACAAGGAUCUCUUACAAAUUACCUUCGAACAACUGUACAGGGUGAAAUGAUUACGCAAAUGUUUGGCAUGCCAUCCAUGGUAUUUAGAACACUGGAGCUUUAUUUCACUGCUGCUAUAAGAUUCAGUUUAGACGAUUUUUCUUCAACCAAACCUGAAUGGGUGGAUCUUUGGAAUGAAAUGGCCUCUAUUUCAACUGAAUCAUACAGAAACAUUGUAUACAAAACCCCUUUAUUUUUUGAAUACUUCAACAAAGUAACCCCAGCUAAUGAAAUGAAGUUGAUGAAGAUAGGGUCUAGACCUUCAAAUAGGCAGAAGAAGCAACUGGGCAUUGAAAGCUUGAGGGCUAUACCCUGGGUAUUCGCUUGGACUCAAAAUCACUUCAAUUUGCCCAUAUGGCUUGGAAUAUCAGACAGUUUUAAGUAUGCAAUAAACGUUGGUAAACUGGAUGUUUUAAGGGAGAUGUACAAGACAUGGCCCUUCUGCCGCUCCUUUAUAUGUCUAAUUUCAAUGGUUCUAGCCAAAUCAAACUGUGAAAUGUCUCUUGAAUACGAAAAUAAACUCAUUGACUCAGACGAACAUAAAAAGCUUGGAUCUAAGUUACGUGAGUUGUUUGUAGAUACGACUAAUGUCAUAAAAAUAGUAACGGGAGAAGCAGAAUUUUGUGAUAAUGACAAGGUUGUACAACGAGCAAUUAAUGCUAGGAACAUGUGGAUCCCCCCGUGCAAUAUUAUUCAAAUUGAAUCACUUUUAAAGUUUAGAUCUUUGAACAUUUCUGAAUCAGAUGACACCAAUCCUUACCACAAUUCGCUUGUGUUGUCAAUGAAAGCUAUUUCGGCAGGGGUUAGGCAUACGGGUUGA